GGGUCCUAAGCGGAGGCGAACGCAAUGCCAGAGCGGCAGUUCCCUCUCUGAGGACGUUGGCCGAGGACAAACAGGGCACCUUUUCCUCCUCCAGAGCUCCAGAUGAUGAGGGAUGAGGCCCGAGAUCUUCCUCGGGUGUCAGGACAGCCCAAGACCGUUUCCGGAAGAGCCUCUGGGAUCGGAGUGAAAAUCGGCCGAGGGAAAUGCGAGCCCGUCUGCUGGGAUAACUCAGCAAGUCCUUGGGGCCUUCUGCAGUUCAGAUGUCUGCAUCCGCACAGGGUCGCUAAAUAACCUGUCAUUCUCCAAUGGGGACAUCAUGACGGUGGUUGACCUUAUCCCCUCCCACAUCAGAGCAGAAGUGAUGGAUGGUGAACAGCAUCUGGGGACCGUCACCAUUCCUGUGGGAUAUGAAGGACAGUUCCGGCUGAUUGCAGAUCCAGUCCCAUUCAAAACAGUGGCCGAUUUAGUCUGCUCUGUCCAUGUUCCCCAGGGUCCUGCACCCCGAAGAAGCCUUCCCCACUUCAAGAACUUGGUGCCCAUCGCCACCGUGGAGCUGUCCAAGGUGCUCAAGGAAAGACAAAUACUGGCCUUGAUUGGCCUUGAAGAGCGGGAAGGGAAGCAGCUGCUGAGAUGCGAGUUGGCGACGAGGCAGCCCCCGCUCCAGCUGCUGCUCCCCCUGGACUGCUGCGGCCAGUUCCAGGAGUGCCAGGACGAGCAACUCUACACCAUGGACACCAUUGUGCGGCAGAAGCUGCUCACGGGCCGGCCCCGCAGGGUCAGGGUGGCUCGGGGGAACAGCCUGCAAACUCUCAGUCCCCACGUCCCCAAGCACUUCAAUGGUCAUCUGGUUCUGCAUCCCUCUUUCUUGGUGAUGGCGCUUCUGCCAGGUGAAUACGAGAUCAGCAUCCCCUCCAACCUGGACAUCCGCGUGGCUGAUGUGACCGGCCUAGGACAGAACCCAGGCAAAUUCAUGACCAUGAGACAGAUCUACAGCAUGGAGCGCACCCGGUUCCCACUGAGAGUCAGGGUCACCAGCGUGGUCACAGCAGAGCCCUUCCUGCUGCAGUGUGGACAGCUCCUGACCGUGCUGGAGACCAGGGAAGUACGCAAAUUCCUGGUCACAGAGCUCUCUGGAGGGAGGACACGGCGGCACUUCCUCAUCCCUGCCACCUACCAGGGCUCAGUGCUCUGGGGAGGCCGCUACUUCCGCAUGGUCUCCGACAUCACCAGGGCUGCACAGCAGGGACAGGUCCGGUUCCGGGCCCACAGGGACUACAGCUCCCCUGCAGAGCCAUUUACGUCAUUCGCCACCAAUGAGUGUUUUGUGACUCUGCAGAAGAGCACGGUCACAGCUGAGAUGGGGGGCGAGCUGCACAGAGUAGAUGCCCUCAGGUGCCAAAAUAUUGCUACCAAUGCCCUGGCCACGUUUCCUCUAUUUGCACACGGUGACUUCCUGGAGUUGGCCCUGGAUCCUGGAGUGGGGAAGCUGCAGGAGCUGUGCCAGGUCCCAAGACUCCCAUGUCACAUCAGAGUGGUCAGCCCGGACCCCACGAUGGCCAGAGACCCUCUAUUCAGAACAGAGGAGCUGAGAGUUGAGAACAUCAUCAUGGAACAAUUCCUCAUAGUUGAGGCUGAAACUUGGCCAGAACGCAUGUUGGAGAUCCCAGUGGAGAAGACCUGCAUGGAGGUGUUGGUUGUAGAAGAGAGGUUACAAAUCAGAUAUGUAAGGUGGGGCCCCCUCGUGGCACCUCAAGAGAUAGAAGAGAUCCCCGAAGAGGAGGCCCUGACCUACAGCAAUUGCUUGAUUGCUCCCCAUCCGCCACCGCGCCCACCAAAGCCCAGAAGUUUGUCUUAAAAAGCGUCACUGUAGGCCCUGGCCCUGCUAACUCCCCAGGAAGAGCCGCUGCCUCUCAGGACCUGCGUGUGCUGCAGAUGAACAGAGAUGAAAACAGAUGCAUUCAAAGUUACAUAUUUCCUUCCCUCUGGGACAUUUGCCAGGAGUUGUGUCAGCUUUCCACUGCUAUGGCAAAAUAUCUGAGACAAUCUACUUAUAAGGAGGCAAGGUUUAUUUUCACUUCUGGUUUCUGAGAGUUUGGUCCAUGGUUGCUUGGUCUGUUGCUCUGGGCAUAUCAGAGCAAAGUGCAUUGUGGCCAGAGUGUAUGGUGGGCAAGAUGGCGCUUUAGGGGAGCCAAGAAGUAAAGGAGAGAAAACAGGAAGAGAACAGCCUCUUCAAAGGGCUGAAAUUCCAUAUCCCCCUCAAGGCUACCUUCCGUGACAUCACUUCCUCCCACUAGGCUCCACUUCUUCAGUGUUCCCCCACCUCUCAACAUCACCAUACCUGGGGUCCAUGUCUUUGCACACGGGUCUUUAGGGAUGCUUGCCUAAACCAUAGCAUUUGUCUUUAGGUGGUAGCUACCCCCCACCCCAGCACAUAUGUACAGCAGCACUAUAACAAGGUCCUGACACUGCCCCAGGGCUCUUCUUCCAAUUACAAUAAAAUCACGUUUAUUCAGUGCAAAGACUUAUCAGUUCUAGAUGCCCAGGUCAUGAGACACAAUUCUUCAUCUCAUAUGUCCCUGGGCUGGGAGUGACACUUCUCCAGCUGUCCUUAUUCUGAACAGUGCCUGGCCUAUAGGACACACUCAAUAAAAAUUUGUGGACAUGUUGGUUUGCCAACAUGCAUUCGUA